AUCCAAAGGCCAUAACUCUCUGUAUGCGUUCACACAAAUGCUUGAGUAUGCAAAUUUUAUCUUUCCCUUCAGCUGGUGUCCAGAGUGACUAAUGGCUGCGUUUUUGGAGAGGAGAGAAGGGGAGGGGGGAUAUAUGAAAUUCUUAAUUUAGCAUUUAUUUGAUGUUUGCACCUCCAUGCAAUAUGAAAGCACAACAGAAUUAGUGUGCUUUUUGAAGUGGAAUCUUUUUUUGCAUUACAGAGUUUGAACGUAAAGGGCAAGCAUUACCUGAACUUGAUGAAUGCCAAUUUGAUAUAAGAAUUCAUUACCGGAACUACAAAAUAGCAGAAGAUACACCUAUUCUGUAAAGUUUAAUUCAUGAUCACUAUGGAUGUAAAUGGUAUAACCUGGGUUGGGGGUGUAUAUGAGAAAUUCGAAUCUAUGUGCUUGGAGGUGGAAGAAAAUAUGUACCAGGAUACAGUCAAAUUUGUUGAGAAUCAGGUACAGACUGUUGGUGCAAGUGUUAAAAAGUUUUAUGCUGAUGUAAUGCAAGAUUUGCUCCCUGACUCUUUGAUAGAUCCAGAGAAGAUGUCAGCCUGUGGUUUCCCUGUCGAAAAUAUUUUUGAUGUUGAUAAUUCUAAAAGUUCAAGGAUUACCAAGAAAGAAGAACCUAUAAAGGCUAAUGUUGAACACUUAAAUAGGGAUUCAGAGGUGAUAUCUUCUGUUAAGAAUAAGGAUGUGGACCAUAAACCAUCCUUCCGUGAACAACACAUGUAUGACUAUCGCACGCAAUCUGCAGAGAGUUGUGCGGAAGAAGCAUGCUUGGACUUGUACUCAAGACAAGACCAUGAUGGGAAUAUGUUUAACAAUACAAACUUGGCUGUCAAAGAGAAUCCAACGAAGCACAGAUGUCCACAGGUGAUUCCUCCUGCUGAAAAGGAUUUGAGUGGACAAUCAUCAUCCUGCCAUGAAACCCGUAAAGGUUCAUGCGAGCAUAUAGAUGCAUUUAUAACCCCUUCUAUCGAUGAAGGUAUGGCAUAUGACUCCACUAGGGAAGGUCGUGUGAUUGCAAAUGCAAGCCAAUGUACUGCUGAUGUUUCAAUUGGCUGCCGCUCAUCUGAUAUGAUUGUUUUGGAUAAGUCGGAUGCAAAAGAAUGGAAUGAAAUAUUAGAUUCAUCCUUUGGUGGCUUAUCAUUAGAACCAAAUGCUGCAGACAUUUGUUUCAUCAAUGGGGUGGUUUCUCUGGUAGGAUCCUCUCCAAGUGGACAAGUACAGUGUGAGAGAUAUGCUGAAAAGGAGGUCUCAGCGUCUCAUCCUGGGGGAUCACAUGACUCCACUUUGGAUGCGAUUGAGAGUAAUAUUGUUGUUGUACAAGAAAUGGAAACCAUUCAACAAUCUGCCAAGGCGAAACUUGAGGAGACUUGUGUGAUGGUGACUGGUGAGGAUGUUCAUUUUGUUCCUCACAUGGAAGGCAAGCGUAGGCCUUACAAGAAAAAACUUCAGAAAGCCUUUUCCUCAAGAAUGAGGUCUGCAAGGAAGCAAGAAUAUGAGCAGCUUGCAUUAUGGUAUGGGGAUGAUGCAAAAUCAAAUUUGGAAAGUGAAGACGGUGUACUUCAUUCUAUUACUAUGGAGGAGACGAAGAAAUCACCAUCUCAUGAAUUUUGUGAAUCUGAAUGGGAGAUUCUGUAGGUACCCUUGUAAAAAGCUUGUGUAAAUAAACCGCCUCACCGCAGCCUCCCCUUGCUGGUUAUGGUGCUGUCCAAAAUUCCUAGCUUAGGAUAAAAUUUGUACCGAAGUGGGUAAAAUCCCCAACGAUCUACUGCUCUACCGGGGAGUAUAUUAACAAUCAUGUAGUCUCCCUAAGAUAAAGUGCUUGGAAAUGUUAUUUAUAUUUUAAAUGGGACCAAGCCAAUUGAGACGUACCUUUGCAGUCAGCAUUGUUAAUAUAUUGGCCUACUAUUAUGCAUGGUUAAA